AUGCCCACUAUAUACUCCUCCCUCUACUCGAAUUUCGUCCGUCAAGGAUCAACAUUCGCAAAGUCUAUUACAACACACGGUUACGCGCAAUCCUUUGUUGCCGCCACUCACCCUCACGUCCUCAACUCACAGAACCGACCUGUCUUUGUACGACGAAAGACUAACCGACUCAAUCGCUUCUCUAACCUCCAACUUCACUCAGCCUUCCACACCGAGCGCACAGCAUCUUCGGGCCUACCGUCCGUAGAGCACCGCCCCGGCCAGAAUCAUGGAGGUUUAGACGCGUAUUUCGAGGCCUUGCAACACCAGCAGGCCGCUGGAGAAGUCGACUCUGAAUGGACCCAGUUCGACUUCCAGAAGAGCAUUGAGUGGAAGCCUACGGCGGCAUCCAUUCUUACCAAGGAUCAGGCCGCUGCUCAGGAGGUUAUUGAGCAGGCUCUGAUCGAGGAUGCCGAGGUCAAGUCAAACUUGUCAAUUGAGGACCAGGCAGCUCUUGCGCACAUUGAUGCAGCCCUCGAGCGUGAGAUUGAGGUGCGAAGUCUGCAGGAGGCGGCUGAAAAUGCUGUCGCCGAAGGACGACCUAUCUCAUCCCUUGGCUUCAAGUCACAAUCCCCAGUAGUUUCCAGGCCACAAACUCCAGCAAGUGUCGCCCGAAGCGCCACUCCGACUGUUGACCCCCAAUCGCUAUCUUAUGCCGGCCAUCUUCACAAGCUUGCCAAAAAUGGCCGCUAUGUUGAGAUUCCUGCGGUCUUUGAGGCGAUGCUGGCUACCGGCGUGCAACCAAUUGCCGGUGCCUACAAUGCUCUCUUGCUGGCUGCCAUCCAUAUCCCUAUGAAGAAGACAGAGAUUGUUUCCAAGGCCCUCGAUGUUUACGCUGAUAUGCUCCGGAGGAAAGUUUCGCCAGAUGCUGACACUUUUAACAUUCUUGUCGGUCUUUUGGCUUCUCGAUGCCUCGAGGUUGCUGAGCUGAAGGCUGCUUUGGAAGACAAGAGGGUGCGGUUCGGUGGUAUGGACGAGCCUGGCAAGUUCAUGCUUGCGUCCCACGAAUUUGAACAUGCUAUUCUCUGUGAGGAUGAACGUCUUGAUUACGCCAUCAAGCUGUUCGACACAUCAGUUGACACUGAUGUUGCCGAGUACACUGCCGAGACUUACCACCAGUUGAUCACCGCUUGUGCCAAAGAUGGACGUGUCGCUGACAUGCUCCGUCUCUUCGAACACAUGGAGGCUAGCCAAAUCGUUCCCUUUGCCGCUGUGUUCCCUACCAUGAUCACUGCUUUCGCCUCAUCCGGAGAUCUGAUCAGUGCUGUUGAAUGCUACAAUGAAUACCGAAACUUGGCAAUCGCUCACGAUGAUGGUCAGACCACUCUCAAUGACCGACUUGACGCCGAGGUUUACGCUGCAGUCAUCAACGCCUAUGUGGUUACUGAUAAGAUUGAGGGUGCCAUGAAGUUUUUCAAAAAGAUUGUUGACGAGUAUGGUGUCCGCGCUGCCGACAUCAAGGACGCUCUCGUCACAACCGGUUUCGUCAAGGGCUUCAUCACCCGUGGAAUCUACCAGGAAGCUUUUCAUUGGGCCCAAUCCGUUGAGGCUGAAUCUCGUGCUAAGGCUAUGAGCGAGAUUGCCACCAUCGCUGCUGAUAAGGAUGACAAGGAAACUGCCGUCGCCGCUUACAAUGGUAUGCCCUCAUAUGCCGAUGACUUGGUGACCCCAGCCACUGCUCUCCUCGCUAUGAGCGUUCGUGACGGUGAUAUUAUCAGCGCUUCGAAGUACUGGCAAACCUUGAACAGCCCUGAGAUACAGGUUACUGCUGCUUUUAUCGAGCCCACAGCCAUGUAUGCUGUUGCAUUGAUCGGCUCUGGACAGGUUGCAGACGGUUUGGCUCAGGCGGAGAUGAUGUUCCAGCGAAUUCGAGCAUCUCUGUCCGAGACCCAGUCCCAUCUUGUUGAAGAGAUCGAUGAGGGCGCCGAGUUCAUCUCUCGAUACAUGGAGACUCGAGGCAUUGUUGACCCCCGUCAACUAGCUCCUCAAGUUCUCGACUUCACACAGCAGCCCGUUGCCGCCUCCUCUUACCUAUCAACCCCCGCCGUUCCCAGCUUCGAGGAUACCUACGACCCCUAUGCCCACAACACCGAUUUCAAGGGUUCUUCCCUUAUUGCUGAUGAUCUUGAGGGUAGCCAUGGCCGCAAGGGACCUCGUCUCAGCGAGGCGCUCAACCGUUUCCGAAACAUGCGACACGCUGGCCGACAUCCUCGUUACAUUACCUACGCUAAGCUGAUCUCCGCUGCUGCUCGUGAUGGUAAGGUCGAUCUGUGCUAUGACAUCCUCGCCAUGGCCCGCACCGAUAUGCCCAUCAUGCCCCAGUAUGCUGUUGUGCGUUACGGAUGGUCUAGUAUUCUCGAUGCCAUGGUUGGCGCCUGUCUUACUGUGGGCAACCGUGGACGUGCUGAGCAAUUCCAUCAGGAGUUGUUGGAAAUUGGCGCUAGCCCCUCUGCGAACACUUUCGGCCUCUACAUCACCACUCUGAAGGAUUCAACCAAGACUUUCGAUGAAGCAUCUGAGGCUGUCCGCAUCUUCCACCGUGCCAAGGCUGAGGGUGUUGAGCCCAGCUCAUUCCUGUACAAUGCUCUCAUUGGUAAGCUUGGAAAGGCGCGCCGCAUCGAUGACUGCCUCUUCUACUUCGGUGAGAUGAGGAACCUCGGAAUCAAGCCUACGUCUGUAACCUACGGUACUAUCGUCAACGCCUUGUGCCGUGUCAGUGACGAGAAGUUUGCUGAGACAUUGUUUGAUGAGAUGGAGGCCAUGCCCAACUACAAGGCUCGCCCCGCUCCCUACAACAGUAUGAUGCAGUUCUUCCUGACUACCAAACGCGACAAGUCCAAGGUUCUGGCUUAUUACGAGCGUAUGAAGGCUAAGGGUAUCGCCCCCACUGCACACACUUACAAGCUCCUUGUCGACACUCAUGCCACUCUGGAUCCGGUUGAUAUGGAGGCCGCUGAGGAGAUCCUCGGCAUGAUCCGUGCCUCUGGCCAGCGUGUCGAACCUGUUCACUACGCUUCCCUUAUCCACGCUAGGGGAUGCGUUCUGCAUGACAUGGAAGGUGCUAUGAAGAUGUUCGAUUCCGUCGUCAAGGAGUCUCUCGUCCCCAUCAGCGCCAGCCUUUACCAAGCGCUCUUUGAGGCUAUGGUAGCCAACCACCAAGUUGCUGCUUCCGAGCCUGUACUUGCGCACAUGCGAAGCAAGGGUGUAGAGCUGACUCCUUACAUCGCCAACACUUUGAUUCACGGCUGGGCCGCUGAGAAGAAGAUCGAGAAGGCCCAAGGCAUCUACGAUGCUGUUGGUCGGGAGAAGCGUGAGCCUAGCACAUAUGAGGCUAUGACUCGUGCGUUCCUGGCUGUGGAGCAGCGUGAACAGGCUAAGGGUGUUGUCGGUGAGAUGCUCACCCGCGGCUAUCCCAGUGCUGUUGUCAACAAGGUUCUUGAGCUCCUCGGAGGAGGUCAGCAAGAAGUUGCUGAGUAG